AUGCGAAAGUUGGAAUGGGACGACAUGGGAGUGAAGGUUGAUGGUCGGCAGCUACACCAUUUGCGCUUUGCUGAUGACAUCGUACUGGUAACACCUAGCAUCAGCCAAGCGGAACGAAUGCUGACCGAAUUCGACGAAACAUGUGGAUGCAUCGGUCUUCAGCUGAAUCUACAAAAGACGAUGUUCAUGCGGAACGGAUGGGUCUCGGAUGCCCCAUUCACGCUCAACGGAACGAACAUAUCCGAAUGCACCAGCUACGUUUAUCUGGGUCGGGAACUGAACAUGAUGAACGACCUGACCCCCGAGCUGGGCAGGAGGAGACGAGCGGCUUGGGGAGCGUACAAGAGCAUCGAGGAUGUAGUGAAGAAGACCAGGAACACCCGGCUCCGUGCUCACCUCUUCAACACCACCGUACUUCCUGCUUUGACCUAUGCUUCGGAAACCUGGGCAUUUCGCAAGCAGGAAGAAAACGCGGUGAGCGUCAUUGAACGCGCAAUUGAGAGAGUGAUGCUAGGAGUAUCCCGUUUCACGCAAGUGAGGGACGGGAUUCGAAGUUCUCUCCUACGUCAGCGAUCGAAGAUUAGAGACGCUGCCGCGUUUGCCAAGGAAAGUAAAAUAAGGUGGGCCGGACACGUGAUGCGCUUUAAUGACAACCGUUGGACCAGAGCCGUGAGCGACUGGGUUCCCCGCGAUAUUAAGCGCACUACAGGAAGACCGCCGACCCGAUGGUCAGAUUUCUUCACGAAGUCCUUGAAAGAAAAAUAUGAUGCUCUUCGUGUCCCACGCGAAAGGAGGAACCACUGGGCUACUCUGGCACGCGAUCGGGACAAAUGGAAGAAUUACUGGCGCCCGCUCGACCAGUUCGAAGAUCAACGGGAGUCAAGGUGA